AUGAACCCUUCCCCCGAAAACAGAGCCUCAGUGUCUGCCAAGGCCACAGCAGAAUUGGACUCGGGUCCCACAAUCCACGAACUCUUUACGCAGGCGAAGAAGCUCCUCACGCUCCAGAACAGGGUCGAAAACCGCCGUAUCCGGAAGGACAACUUGAAGUCUCAAUCCACCAAAGAAUAUCCCCAAAUGGCCCAUCAACAAAGAACACCGUCAACAUCAACGUCCACCACAACGACCACCACGACCACAAGCCAGCCGCCGCUGAGGGGAGUGCUUGACUUGCUUCUGCCCCUCUCGGUCGAUGACUUGCGGGGCCUGGUGUCCACGUCGCUCACUGUAGAGAAGGUGUCCAAUAAUCCCAAGAAGUUUGCUCCGCCAUGUGAGGUGACUCCUAUGUCGAUCGAGGAUAGUCCGUCGGCGCGGUCAGAUUCGUCUUUGCGUGACUCGACUGCGACGGCGCAUACCACACCACAGAACAGCGUAUAUGUAAAGAAGGAGCCGCAGAAUGGCGUCUAUGUAAAGAAGGAGCCAUCUAGUAACGUUUCUAUGGGAGAACUCACACCAACUUUUGAGGAAAAGAACACUUCAGUUGGGCCCAAAUCUUCCACUGCUCCUAUGCCACAGCUGCCGUUCUCGCAGUCUUCAAUUCGCAAAUCCAAUCUAACAUCCUCGCUACGGAACCAACCACAGAAACCACAGCCUAGCCCUAUAGACCCCAAGGCCUCUAGAUCGUCUCUUUCGGAAAAGUCUGCGCCCGGCACAGCCAGCACAGUAGGCUCGAACAACGUCAAGGUCACUGAGUGUAACAACUGCCAUACUCUCAAAACACCCUUGUGGAGAAAAGACUCUGCAGGAAACACAUUGUGCAAUGCCUGUGGCUUGUUUCUCAAACUUCAUGGCUCCACAAGACCCCUUUCCCUUAAGACAGAUGUCAUCCGCAAGAGAAGCUCUCGUAGAACCUCACAGGUAAACAAAGGUCAGGGUGGCCAAGCAGCCGUGCCAGCAUCAUCCAGUAUUCCAAACAACAAAUUCUACCGCAAUGGAUCGCUCCCGGAUUACACCAAGUUCGAUCCAGAUUUCUCGAUCAACUCGUCAUACCAGGGAAAGAUGGGCUCUAUUGCCGCAAGCCCCCAUGGGUUCUAUUCUCCGGCCAACUCGCACGCACACUCCUUUGAUGCUUCUGUACCCAAACCCAAGAACGUUCUUAUAUUACCAAAACCAUCAGGCGCGGGCUCUGGACCCAACUCAGCUGUCUCCACUCCAGUUAUCAAUGUGCCAGCAGGUUUGGUCCACUCGUAUAAUCAGAUGUCUACCCCUUCAUCCCCUUAUAGCACCAGCGCAUCGCUGCAGUUCAAGAGAAAGAAGUCGGAGCUCAAUAUGGAGCUUCUAGAUCUGUAUAACCGCCGGCAUCCGUCUGUUGCUGCAAUGAGUAAUUCCUACACAAAUGUUGCCAAUGCAUCUGCGUCAAGCAUAAAGAGAGUGUAUUCGAUGGCAUCGAUGAACCACAUGUACCCCAACCUCAACCAUCGUAACUCGGUCACUAAUAUGAGCCGUACUCCAAUGCCUUGUCUGACUUGUUAUACCCCCAACCAUGGAAGUCUAGGGAAACCACACAUCACUCCCCUGGCUUCGUUUACUCAGACAAACCUGUAUUUUGAAGCGCAACCAGAGUCGUUUGGUCGUAAGAGAUCUUUCAUUUCGCAAAUGGAGGGCUUUGGACCUGGAGACACGCCGUCGUCACUAUCAUCUCCUCCCUUUUAUGGAGAUAGCGGCGCCCAUUUGGAGCAUGGCAUAGCACCUAAUGAGAUCGAAAAGUUUGAUACUGCUGGUUACAACGAGAUAGCAGGCAACAAUCUAUUCAGCAAUGGGGGUGCGUUACUGUCACCGAAACACCAAGGCGAUAUUGACACGGAUGACUUCUUCAAGAACUAUACCUCCCUUCAUAAUGAGAUGUUGGGCGACGAGAUCACCCCAGAUUUGCCACAGUCAAUGGCCAUGGGUGAGAUGGGUGAGAAGCAUACUAUUAAGGCCGCACACACGCAGUCGACUCUCACUCGUGGGCUUCAAGGCCAAGGAAUUAAUUUUUCCAAUAGCUGCACCACAUCGGGUGGUGGGGCAUCUGCUGCUGAUCUCGAUUGGCUCAAGUUUGAAAUAUAG